ACUGUUUAGUCCAACAUUAGACGGGUCACAUUCAACCGUGCCCUCGACUCAAGUGUUUUGUAUUUUUAUUUCAUCAUAAAUUAUGAUACCUUUAUUAUUUCUUUAUUUUAUAGCAACGCUAAAAGUUUUUAAAAAAACUACGCCAAAUGGAAAAGUCACAAUAUACGUCAGUAAACGAGAUUUCAUUGAUCACUUAGACAGUGUUGAUCCAAUUGAUGGUGUUAUCGUAGUCGAAAAUGACUAUUUACAAGGACGAAAAGUUUUUGGAAUGGUUUCCACGACUUAUAGAUACGGUCGAGAUGAAGAUGAAGUAAUGGGUGUAAAAUUUAGUAAAGAAAUGGUUUUGGCGUGUAAUCAAGUUGUUCCGCCGAUAAAAGAACUCACAGAAUUAACUCCUAUUCAAAAAAAAUUGGUGAAAAAAUUUGGUAGCUCUAAUGCAUUUCCAUUCUUGUUCAACUUCCCCCCAAAUUCCCCAUCUUCGGUGACCUUACAGCCAGGUGAUGAUGAUAGUGGAAAACCACUUGGAGUUGAAUAUAGUAUCCGAACUUAUGUAUCAGACAGAGAAGACGACAGAGGAAAUCAAAGAUCAUCUAUCGUGCUAGCUAUUAAAAAGUUACAAUACGCUCCAUCAACAAGAGGUCAAAGACUACCAAGUUCAUUAAUAAGCAAAGGAUUCACGUUUUCUCACGGAAAAAUUAGUUUGGAAGUCACAUUGGACAGGGAAAUAUAUUAUCAUGGAGAAAAAGUAAUUGCCACGCUUGUUAUAAGUAACAGCUCGAGGAAGUCCGUCAAAAAUAUUAAGGUAUAUGUUGUUCAACAUACCGAAAUUACAAUGGUCAACGCGCAGUUUUCUAAGUUUGUCGCUAGUUUGGAAACCCGAGAAGGCUGUCCCAUAACACCGGGAGCUGCUUUUACUAAACAAUUCUAUUUAGUCCCACUGGCGUCCAGCAAUAAAGACAGAAGAGGCAUUGCAUUAGACGGGCAUCUUAAGGAGGACGAUGUUAAUUUGGCAUCGUCUACAUUGAUAUCGGAAGGUAAAGGUCCUAGUGACCAAACUGGUAUUGUCAUUUCAUAUUCAGUCAGAGUAAAGUUGAACUGUGGUACUCUGGGAGGCGAACUUGUAACCGACGUACCAUUCAAACUGAUGCACCCAAAUCCAACAUCCGAAGACUGGACUGCGCCUAAGCAACCACAAAAAGGAGUAUUGAAAAAGACCAAGAGCUCAGACAGAAUGAAAUAUCAAAAGAGCUUUGGUGAUGACGACGAGGACAAUAUUGUGUUUGAAGAUUUUGCAAGACUUAGGUUGGCUGACGAAUAAAUAAAAACCAUUUGAAAAUUGUAAAAUGUCUAAAAAUUGUUUUGAAUUGUGUUUUCUUCGCUUAACUCGCAUUGGUAGGAAAACCGCGAUAUGUUUUAACUCAAAAUUAUUAUUAUUAUUAUUGCAAGAUUAUAAUAAAUCAGUUCAUUGCCGUCUUCUAUACAA